AUGAAAAGAAAACAUCAGAUUAGUAAAAGUUCAAAUGAUUAUGAUGAUAAUGAUGAAUUGCUACAACUUGCAGUGACACUUGAUUAUCAUGAAAAUGGCGAACAACAACAACCACAAACAAUUUCUCUCUCGUCAGGCGAAUCACUUACGAAAGAACAGCUUCUGUUGAAAGUAAUUGAUCUGCAUCCAGAAUAUGCUAUUGCCUAUUACAAGUUGGCAUUGCUUCUUAAAAGAGACUAUCGGCGAUCAUCUAUCAUUCUUCGAUCUGGUCGAUCAAUGACUGUGCAAAAACUAUUCAUGAAAUCAAUAGAGUGUGACCCAACUCAUUCCAAUUCAUAUCAUAAACUUGCAAAUACUCUUUCAGGUGAUGAUGAUAAUGAUAAAUCAGUCGGACUUGGUGGAAAAUCAAUGACUGUGCAGCAACUAUACUUGAAGGCAAUAGAAUGUGAUCCAACAAAUUCCCGUUCCUACUAUAAACUUGCAAUUACACUUUCCGAUGGUGAAACAAUCACACUUAAUGAUGGACAAUCAAUGACUGAGCAAAGACUAUAUUUGAAAUCAAUCGAAUAUGAUCCGACCAAUUCCAAUCCAUAUCAUAAUCUCGCAACGAUACUUUCAGAUGGUGAAUCAAUCACACUUAAUGAUGGACAAUCAAUGACUGUGCAACAACUAUACUUGAAAUCAAUAGAAUGUGAUCCAACAGAUUGCAGUUCGUACAUCGACCUUGCCAGUACACUUUCCGAUGGUGAAUCAAUCACGCUUAACAAUGGACAAUCAAUGACAGAACGACAACUUUACUUAAAAGCAAUAGAAUGUGAUCCAAACGAAUCCGAUUCAUAUUAUAACCUCGCAAAAGUACUAUCUCGAAACGAAUCGAUCACACUCCAUAAUGGACAAUCAAUGACAAAACAACAACUAUACUUAAAGUCAAUAGAAUUUAGUCCAAAUGAUUCCGAUUCAUAUAUUAACCUCGCCAAAACACUAUCUCGACAUGAAUCUAUCACAUUUAACGAUGGCGAGUCAAUAACAAAACAACAAUUAUUAUUGGAGGCAAUUGAAUGCGACCCAACCAAUUCCAAACCAUAUCAUAACAUUGCAACGACACUUUUAGAUGGUGAAUCGAUCACACUCCAUAAUGGACAAUCGAUGACAAAACAACAACUGUACGUAAAGUCAAUAGAAUGUGAACCAACCAAUUCCAAAUCAUAUUAUAACCUUGCAGCGACACUUUCAAGAGGUGAAUCAAUAACACUUAAUAAUGGACAAUCAAUGACAAUUCAGCGACUAUAUUUAAAGGCAAUAGAAUGUGAACCAACCGAUUUCAAACCAUAUUACAACCUUGCAGCGACACUUUCAAGUGGUAAAACGAUCACACUUAACAAUGGACAAUCAAUGACAAAUCAACGACUAUACUUAAAAGCAAUAGAAUGUAAUCCAACCUACUCCCCAUCCUACAAUAACCUCGCAACUACACUUACUUUUAAGACAUCAAUCACUCUGAAUAAUGGACAAUCGAUGACAGAGCAACAACUAUACUUAAAAUCAAUAGAAUACGAUCCAGCUGAUCCCGAUCCAUAUUUUAACCUUGCAAAUACACUAUCUCUAUACGAAACAGUCACACUCCACAAUGAUGUGAAAAUGACAAAACAACAACUAUUAUUGGAAUCACUAAGAUUGGAUGAUACACAAGCAUCGGUUUUCAAAUCUAUUGGAUUAACUCUUUUGAACAACAAACAAACCAUUACACUUCCAAAUGGUGAACAGAUGUCAAGAAGACAACUAAUUCAAAAAGCAAGAGAAUAA